UCUCUUCGCCCUGCCUAGAGUCAGUCAGUCAGUCAGUCGGGGGAAGGCGAGUCUGCCUGCAAGCGCUUCUCUCUCUGUGUGGAUCCACCAUACACACAUACACGCUCACACGGACCUUCACACACAAUUAUUGUUAAUUACUGAACGCUUUUCGCUCUUUUGAGAGUCAGUUUUUCCACCAUGGGCGACAAAAAGAGCCCGACCAGGCCAAAACGACAAGCCAAACCGACAGCCGACGACGGAUUUUGGGACUGUAGCGUGUGCACUUUCAGAAACAGUGCCGAAGCCUUCAAAUGCAGCAUCUGUGAUGUACGGAAGGGCACGUCUACCAGGAAACCCCGGAUAAACUCCCAGCUGGUGGCACAGCAGGUGGCCCAGCAGUACGCCAUUCCUCCUCCCCCAAAGAAAGAGAAGAAGGAAAAGCCUGAGAGGCCCGAGAAAGAUCGAGCAGAGGGGGAGCGUCCCGACCGAAAUCCACAUGACGGCGAAAACACGGACAAGGACAAGAGUGAGAAGGAGCAGCCUGAAAAAGAAAAGAAGGACCGAGAGAAAGAAAUCACCCCAGCCAUCACCAAGAAACCCAACAGCAAAAAGAACAAACCCAAGUCAGACAGCCAUCAAAGCCCACCCAGUGAACGAAACAGCAUUCAGUCUGGCAAAUCCACAACCAAGACCAAGAACUCCCACAUCUCCAGGCCCAAGCUGAAGAACAUUGACAGGAGCACAGCCCAGCAGCUGGCCAUCACGGUGGGGAACGUCACAGUGAUCAUAACAGACUUUAAGGAGAAGACCCGCACCUCCUCCACCUCGUCCUCCACAGUGACCUCCAGCGCCGGUUCUGAACAGCAGCACCAGAGCUCCGGCUCCGAGAGCAUGGACAAGGGCUCAUCCCGUGCGUCGACACCAAAGGGAGACCUCUCGGUCGGGCACGAUGAGUCAUUCUGAGCACCACGGACGCUGUCGAGACAGCCGGGAUGUACUUUGCCUCUAUUCCCAUCCCCCCGCCUCACCUUGCCCUGAGCCAACUCAUAUUCAUUUUGAUCACUGAAAGGGGAACAUACAGUCCUCUUAUCUACACACACACACACACGCUCAACAUACCUACACAUGGAUUUGGGCCGAUGGGCAAACAGUCCUGUUUUUCCCUUCCUGGAGACAUCCCACUCUUGUAUGUAUUGUUUUAUAUUUGUACGUGGAUGUGCAGCUGAAUCAACGUUUUUUGUUUUGUUAAAAAAAUUAUAUAUGUAAAUGUCCGCUGUGCACAAUAACCACCGACAUUUUAACUAUUCCGGACCAUUACUGCUCUUAUUUAUUACGUUGCAUCUUUCUAAUUUUAAAGAUUGUUUGGUUGUUUUUUUUUCGCUCAGCUAAAGUAGCGUAAGCCGACGGCUCCCCUUUAGUGUUGAAACUUUUCCAUGGAUUCCUGAGAAACUUCUCACAAUGGUGCUAGAUACACUGUGAAAUGGUUUCAGUCUUCAGACUGACGUUCACACCGUAGAAACAGAUCCUUCUGCUUCUCAAAACAA